GCACCGUGCCGGGCCCUAUAAAGGCGGCCGUGGGGACACCCCCGUGUCCCGGCUGUGCCAUGGCAGCGGGGCGGCCCCCGGCGGCGUUCUCGGGCGCCGGGCAGCGGAGCGGGCUGGAGGUGUGGCGGGUGGAGAGCCUGGAGUUGGUGCCGGUGCCUCCCAGCCGCCACGGAGACUUCUUUGUGGGGGACGCGUACGUGGUGCUGAGCACCCGGCGCACCGCCACCGCCGUCGCGUACCGCCUGCACUACUGGCUCGGGAAAGAAUGUACCCAAGAUGAAAGCACAGCUGCAGCUAUCUUCACUGUUCAACUGGAUGAUUAUUUAGGAGGAAAGCCUGUGCAGUGCAGAGAAAUUCAAGGAUAUGAGUCUACUGAGUUUGUGAGCUAUUUCAAAGGAGGAAUUAAAUAUAAGGCAGGUGGUGUCGCCUCUGGAUUUAAUCAUGUUGUUACUAAUGAUCUGAGUGCCCGGAGGCUUCUGCAUGUCAAGGGCCGGAGAGUUGUAAGAGCCACAGAAGUCCCCCUGGCUUGGACCAGCUUCAACAAAGGAGAUUGUUUCAUUAUCGACCUUGGAACUGAAAUCUAUCAGUGGUUUGGCUCAUCAUGCAAUAAAUACGAGCGUCUGAAGGCUGCUCAGGUUGCCCUUGGCAUUCGGGACAAUGAACGAAAUGGAAGAUCUACAUUAAUUACAGUGGAAGAAGGAAGUGAACCAGAUGAGCUCAUACAGGUUUUAGGGGCAAAGCCAGAACUUCCUGAAUGUGGUGAUGAUGAUGAUGAGAUCGCUGAUAUUACAAAUAGGAGAAGUGCUAAACUAUAUAUGGUGUCAGAUGCAAGUGGAUCCAUGAAGGUGUCAGUGGUAGCAGAGGAAAACCCCUUCUCUAUGGCUAUGCUUUUGUCUCAGGAGUGCUUCAUUUUGGAUAAUGGUGCUGCAAGGAAGAUCUUUGUGUGGAAAGGCAAAGAUGCUAACCCACAAGAGAGAAAGGCUGCCAUGAAGAAUGCUGAAGCAUUCAUACAGCAGAUGAAUUAUCCUGCUAACACACAGAUUCAAGUACUUCCAGAAGGAGGUGAAACUCCAAUUUUCAAACAAUUUUUCAAAGACUGGAAGGAUAAAGAUGAAAGUGAUGGCUUUGGCAAAGUAUAUGUCACAGAGAGAGUGGCUAAAAUUGAGCAGAUUGAAUUUGAUGCUACCAAGUUACAUGAGUCUCCACAAAUGGCUGCCCAACAUAACAUGGUAGAUGAUGGUUCAGGAAAAGUAGAGAUCUGGCGUGUGGAAAGCAGCGGCAGAGUUCCUGUGGAACCCGAGACAUACGGACAAUUCUAUGGUGGUGACUGCUACAUUAUCCUCUAUACUUAUCCUAAAGGGCAGAUCAUCUACACAUGGCAAGGAGCCAAUGCUACAAAAGAUGAACUGACAGCAUCUGCAUUUCUGACAGUUCAGCUUGAUCGCUUAUUGAAUGGUCAGGCUGUGCAGAUUAGAGUCAGCCAAGGCAAAGAGCCUGCCCAUUUACUGAGCUUGUUCAAAAAUAAGCCACUUAUUGUCUACAAGAAUGGGACAUCCAAGAAGGAAGGUCAAAAGCCUGCUCCACCCACACGGCUCUUCCAAAUCCGCAGGAACCUGAUAUCCAUCACCAGAAUUGCGGAGGUUGAUGUUGAUGCAAUGUCACUGAACUCCAAUGAUGUUUUUGUUCUGAAACUGCCAAACAAUUCUGGCUACACCUGGAUGGGAAAAGGAGCAAACAAAGAAGAAGAACAAGGAGCUCAAUACAUUGCCAGUGUUCUUAAAUGCCAGACUACUAAGAUUAAUGAAGGCCAGGAACCAGAGGAAUUCUGGAAAGCACUUGGAGGUAAAAAACAGUAUCAGACUUCAUCACAGCUCUUGACAAAGGGUGAAGAUCAUCCUCCUCGCCUGUAUGGUUGUUCUAAUAAGACUGGCAGAUUUAUUAUUGAGGAGGUCCCAGGAGAAUUCACUCAGGAUGACUUGGCUGAAGAUGAUGUCAUGUUGCUGGAUACCUGGGAACAGGUUUUUAUCUGGAUUGGGAAAGAUGCUAAUGAAACUGAACGACAGGAAUCCAUGAAAUCUGCCAAACGCUAUAUUGAAACAGAUCCUUCUGGCAGAGAUAAGGGGACCCCCAUCGUUAUUGUGAAGCAGGGUUACGAACCCCCAACAUUCACCGGCUGGUUCCUGGCUUGGGACUCCAACAAAUGGAAAAACUGAUGUACCCAAGAAAGCUUCAGCUUCAAGCCAAAGAAUGAUGAGAGCACAGCUAUUUUCUAGUAUUUUUAAGCAUAAGCUUAUGAAACGAUAUGAUGCAGCUGUUGUUACCCUUGCCCAAGCUUUUCUAUGAAUAACUUAGAAAAUCUCAGCACUGGAAAGGCUAAAUGAUAAUUACAAACUUGUCAAAUGAGGUAGGUGGGGCUACAUGUGGAAAAUGUGGAAAAUGCUACCAUACUUUGUUUAAUCAAUGAGUUCUUCACACAGAAGCCUUGGAUCAGUUACUGUGCUAAAAUGGGCCAUAUUUUGCCUUCACUUAAAAAUGAAAACUAAUGCCAAAGAAAUUCUUUUAGAUUAAGGUCAGCAUAAUUUUGUGCAGAAUUUGGCCUGAUGAAGGACUAAUUCUGUAUCUCAUGUAAAAUUUCAGAUGGUGCCUGACCCAGAGUGGGAGCUUUGUCUUGCAGGGGGCAGACAAGAGAUGAGUAUUUCAACAAAGCUGUUCUUAACAUGUUGGUUUGCUCUUAGUAAAGUUUGAGCUUUGAACUGUAUGCUUGUAAGCAUAUGAAAUCUACAAAGGUGUUUUGUAUUUUUUUUUAGGGUCUGUCUAGCUCAUUUAAAUAGAUUUCUCUAUGUGAACCAGCCUCUAGCUCCAGAUCUUUUUAACUGAAGCUCUUAAACAUGUUCUAGGGCACUACUGCUUUUAAGUGGAAGCAGAAGUAACAGCUUUAAAAAUACUUACUCUGCCUUAACCAGACUGCACUUAAGCCAUACUUUGUCCCUGUUGCCUUACUCAGCAGUACACCAUUUUUUUUCUGGCAUGGAGAUUGCUGACAUUGUCAGGUACAAGAUGUGUUUCUAACUCAUUUUCUACAGGUCUCAGUCAAGUAUCAGCAAAGAAACUCUUUGUUUCAGUAACAUUCCACAUCCUGGAAAUUUGGAGUACGAGUAAGCACCACAUAAUAAGGCCUUAUCCUUUUCUUUCAGUUAUUUCAAUUUUUUGUUUUUAUUCUGGUGAAUUUAAGAGUACAUUUUCAAAGUGUUUUAUUGUUAUUAUUUGUAGGUUAUCCAGAAAGGUCUCCUUAAGAGCAUUGGGAAAAGUUCUGCUACAAAUUUUAGUACUGCUUUGAGCACUUAACCUAUAACGCUUGUUUUAAACAAUUUGUACAGCUGUAAAUCAUGUCAACGUGGCUUUUUAAGGAAUGUUUUCAACUCCUUUAUUGUUCUCAUAAGUUAGUUUGGAAAAUGAAUUUUUACUCAUUUUUGUAUUUUUUUUUACCAUGAUUGUGAUUUUGAAUGUGAAUCAUGCAGAAGAGUGAAUUUAGUCUGAGCUCAUAUCAGUGACAAAACAAUGGAGAAGCUAAUUGAUUAUUUCUGGGAGCUUUUUGGCUUUAAACAUUUGUUUAAAUCUCUCCUUAAAUAACUGGGCUGUAUCUGAAUGUCAUUUCAUUCAAAAUAAAAUUACAAAACAGUACUGUA